AGAAAAUGACAAUCGAAAUUGCUUGCCAGCUGUAGGAUUCUAGGUUUAAAUGGAUCUGCCCUUCGGCAUUCAGACUCCGGAACUUGAUGUACUGAUUGUGGGCGCUGGACUUUCGGGUCUCUCAUCCGCCCUGAAAAUCCUUUCCAUCGAGAGCACCUUAAAACUGAGGAUCAUCGAGGCGAGUGGCAAUUUGGGCGGCCAACUGGGUCAGAAUGGCACCCGGUUUUUGGAUGGCAAUCAGCACGACUUGCUGGAUUUCCUCACAAUUAUCCAACUGUCACCCCGCCGGAGGAGAAGUGGCAAUUUAAGGCUGAAAAGGUGUUGGGAUUUGGAUCGAGGAUUAACAUCUUUGCCGGCGAAAUUUGAGCUGAAAAGAUACAUCGAAAUGCUGGAUCUUCGGAUGUCCAAGUUUCGUUCGAAGAAGUUUAGCCUUCGGGAGCGAGUUUCCAAUAUGGAGCAGCAUAUCAGCCAUCAUUUGUUCUUCAAUAAAUCUCGGAAUUUCAUGUUCAAUUUGGUGGAAUUAAUCUGUGGAGUUCCUGCCAAUGAAGUUGACUACGAUGUCUUUAUGUCCGUUUGCAGUUCUUGUGGAGGCCUUAAAAUGCUGAUUGACUUUUAUUUUAUCCUCCCUAGUAAUUUCUAUGAAAUCUCGAUUCAGAUGCUGAUCGAGAGUAUUUUGGAGCAGAUGCAGUUCACCAAAAUAAAUCUGAAUUGCAGAGCCGUGAAAGUGGAGCACUUUAAGAACUAUGUGCAGAUUACAGAUGAACUGGGAAAUAAGCACACAGCACAGUCUGUAAUUUUGGCAAUUCCUUGGAAUAGAGUGCAGAAACUGGAGUUUGAGCCAAGAAUUCCAAAGGUUUUCCUACCCCCUUUGGCCACAAAAGCUGGUCAAAAACAACACCGCUUGAUUACGCAAUUCCAAUUGCAAUAUGGGAAAUCCAUUUGGUCGGAUCUUGGUUACUCCGGGAACUUCCUGAACUCAAAUCCUUUAAUCAGUAGCCACGAAUGCAGGCAGUCCACUUUGUGCGGCUUUGUGCUCCACUCGCCAGAGGAUCAAUACGGAGUUCUGGAGGAGGUGGUGAAUCUGCUGGCUGAUCAGUUUGGUGAGGAGAUGCGACAACCGCUGGACUUUCAGUGCUCCACUGAUGAACUCAGUGUUACGCUGCACAAACCGCAAACGAAACCCUGGCAUCGGAUAAUUUGGUCCAGUUCCUCGGCGGUUGGCACUAAUUACCGCAGUUUGAUGGGUGGGGCGGUGCAGAGUGGCGUUCGAGCGGCGGUCAAUGCUCUUUUUGUGGUGCGACCCCAGGUGGUCAGCUGGAAGGAUAUGCUCGAUGAGAGGCCCAAGAAUCCCUACGAAAGUAAUCGAACGAGCAGAUUGAGAGGACUCCUCAGUCGCCUGAAUCUCUACAACGUGACCUUCUACAGCUUCUUUGUCAUCGGACUCAUUUGGCUGCUGAACCUCGGUUACAAUAGAUCUUUAUCCUAGAGGAUUAUCCAUUAUCCGAUGUGUGCCCAUAGAAAUUAAAGUGCCGACCUUGUCACCCGCG